CCGAAGAAGCGCAAUUUUAAACGUAUAAUCUGUGAUAUUUAAAAAAUCUUAUUAAAUUAUUAAAGAAACAUAAGUGAAGUUUAAGUAAACGCUAUGAAAUCAAUGAUUUUCUACGUCAUUCUUUAUUAACAUGUUCUACAUGUAUGAAAAGUGAGUUAUAUAACCUUUUCGAGCGUUGAAUACUUCGAUUUUUACAUUCGAUAUUCGCCGCCGUAGAAGUAACUACAAUUUCUGAAAUUGAACGUAUUUUCUAUUUGAAUAUUUUUACACUGACGUAUUCAAUAAUUUAUAUAUAUUAAUAAUGCUUCGACUGCUAGUAUCUUUGAGCCCCAGAGUUUGUAAAGCGGUAUUUACUCCAGCAUCAGCUUUUGUGAAUGCUAGGAAUCCAACAUUGGUAGAACAUGCUCGUAGCUUUUGCCUUAGUUCCAAACUUUUGUCUUGUCAACCACAGAUUCAGAAACCUGCACCAGACUUCUCUGGGACUGCCGUGGUUAAUGGUGACUUCAAAGAAAUAAAACUGAGUGACUACAAGGGAAAAUAUGUUGUCCUUUUCUUUUAUCCUUUAGACUUCACAUUUGUAUGCCCCACCGAGUUAAUAGCAUUUAGUGAAAGAAUCUCAGAGUUCAAAGCAUUGAAUACACAAGUGAUCGGAGUCUCCACAGAUUCCCACUUCAGUCAUUUAGCGUGGACUAACACACCAAGGAAACAAGGAGGAUUAGGUGGAGAUCUGGGUUACCCUCUUCUUAGCGAUUUUAACAAAGAAAUAUCAGCCAAAUACAAUGUCCUUCUACAAGACGCUGGAAUUUCCUUAAGGGGUCUGUUCAUCAUAGACAAAGAAGGAAUAUUAAGACAACUUAGCAUUAACGACUUGCCAGUGGGCAGAAGUGUGGACGAAACAUUGAGACUUAUCAAGGCAUUCCAAUUUGUCGAGAAACACGGAGAAGUCUGUCCUGCCAAUUGGCAGCCAGAUUCCAAAACCAUCAAGCCAAAUCCUAAGGACAGCAAGGAAUAUUUUGAAUCAGUAAACUAAAUUACUCUUCCACAACUACUUUUCAUUCCUAACACGAUGUACACGUACACGCAAUCGAGUUCUUCAGAGGUAGGAUUAUUCCAGCAAGGGCGAGGGUGUGCUCUUCAAUCAAAAGCAAAGAGCAUAAGGGUUUGCGGUGCUCGAAUUGAAAGUAAGAGGGGAAGAAAAAGGUGCGUAAACGCUCGUACGUACACGCGUGAUGCAGAGGAUUCUAGAAUGGAAUCCGGAGAACCAUUAUAGAGGGGGAACAGUAAUCUUAUGCCGGUUAAUUUGAUUCUUUGUGCCAAUGGAUUAACGAGUCAAAUCUCUUCCAGUUCAGGAUUAUACUUCGUCACAUUCGAAAAAGCACUUCCCUUUGAAUUUCUGUAGUAUAAGAUGUAAAUAACGUUAGAGAUAUUAAAUGGUAAUUUUGUUGAUUGGAGGAAGAUUCGUUUAAUUACUGUUUUAGUAAUUAAAGGGCAAUUUCUCGGCAUGACGGGGAAUACUUAGCGCUAUGAAAAAGGAGCCGGGGAGCACGCGAUGAAUUUAUAAGAGAGAGCUUAUUAUUUCGACGAAGAAGAUACCGACGCCGGUGACGCCCCAAAGGAAGGGAUAAAGUAACCAGAGAAGAGUCGGGGUAGCGGACGGUAUAAGAUAUAGAGUGGGAAGCGAGGAAAAACUGAAAAGCGACGCCCGAGAUAAACGGCUCAUCCUCUUUCGCCCUACAAAAUCCAAUCCUGUCCUUUGCGAGUAGAAAUCUCAAGAUUAAACAUAUUCAAGGCAGCCGUGUCUCUGAAGCGUCGUAAAUUAAAUUUCAGACGUCGAAGCGUUACACGGCCGUUUCCCGUCUAUCGUCUGAAUGAUUAAAAAACCCGAAACACGUGUUCUCUUCCUCUGCCAUUUUCUGCUUUUUGUUCGCCCGUUUGGGAUGCGUAAAUGCGCUCCAAGCAUCGGAGCGCACGGACGAAAAGCUGAGAAUUUCGAUUUUUCAUGUAUGCCUGUAUCAUCGUUACCACGUGUUUUCCGGCGCGAUAGUUCCCUCUUUUCCGUGGGCUGAAAAAUCGCGGUUGAACGAACGUCGAAAUCGUAGCAUGUCGAAAAGUACCAGAAAGAAGCUUACGGAUUAAAUUGCAGCCACGCUAACCGGACAGAUUUUUUUUCAUCGAUUCCCGCGCUUUAUCCUUUGAAAACUUUGCUAGUUCAAUUCUCUGUAUUCAUUUUUAUUCUCCUGUAACGUUGAUCGUCGAAUUUAACGAUCAAACGUCGUAAUGUUCGAUUAAAACCGAGCGCGGAUUAUGUCGUCGCCGGGCGGACGGAUUUUCCUAUCCUAAUCGACUUCCUCUAUCGCCGGUUUGUUCCACCCCCGCGAUUGUUGGGCUGCGAUUCUACGGCUUCUCGUUCUAAUUGCUCUUGUUGUUCGGUAACGCUUAAACAACCUUAACAUUUGUCUCUGUUCCACUUACAAGACUAUUAACAUUAAUACUCAUAUGUUCAACGAAUGUUUACAGAGCACUUUUAUUCCCAAGUUCCUGAACCCUCAAUAUUAGAAAAAUAUGCAUCGACAGGUGGCUAAAUGUCGCGUCCGUGUCAAAGAGAUCGACGGUUUCCAGAUCGAGGAGUCCAAAUAGCCCCGGUAUCAAAGACCC